AACCUGUAACACGCAAUUCUGUGUUUGCUCCACCACAUCAUACACGUAAUUAUAGAUCAGCCGCGUUAUUAAGAUAAAGUUAUAAUAAUAAUUAUUAUUAUAUGUUUCGGUGUAUCCGUGCAACAACAAAAUGCAUUAUAGAUCCUGAUUGCCUUCACCUUCAGCUCUCUAUUUAUUAUUUAUCGUGAUUGGUAAAAUAACAUGUACACAUUUAGCUGCUGCCAAUCCGACUUGAUUUUGUUGAUGAAAUUAUUUAAAAAGUUAUAUCAACCUUGAUACUCGUGUUAAUGCAUGUUACUUUUUUUAUUGAUUGUCAAUAAUCAAGUCUCUAGCACAUUUAUAUAUGAUAUGGACGUAUGUCCAUAUUUCAUUCGGUCACGUAAAUUAGUACUACAUGACAAGUCGUAGAGUAAAGGUGACGUUGAGUGUAGGUGACAAUACGAGCUCAUGAAUUUCAUGAAGGAACUUUUGUCUCGGGCACCGAGUAAAACCAUGGAGAGAUAUGAGAGGCUGGGAAGACUAGGUGAGGGAAGCUACGGAGUUGUGUUCCAGUGCAGAGACAGGCAGACAGGAAGACUAGUCGCUGUCAAGAAGUUUCAACAGACUGAAGAUGAUCCUCUUAUAAGAAAAAUCGCUCUCCGAGAAAUACGGCUACUAAAGAACCUCAAGCAUCCAAAUUUAGUUAAUCUAUUAGAAGUAUUUAGAAGAAAAAGAAAACUUCAUUUGGUAUUUGAAUACUGUGAGCACACGCUGCUCAAUGAGAUGGAAAAAUACCCGCGUGGAUGUCCAGAGCUCAUGACACGGCAGCUCACCUGGCAGAUUCUCCAGGGUGUUGCCUAUUGCCACAGACUCGGCUGCGUUCACAGAGACGUAAAACCAGAAAAUAUUCUCAUCACAGCCGAUGGCGUCGUAAAACUCUGUGACUUUGGCUUCGCGAGAAUGCUCAGCCCCGGAGAAAAUUACACCGAGUAUGUAGCAACCAGGUGGUAUCGAGCACCAGAGCUCUUGGUCGGUGAUACCCAGUAUGGAACUCCAGUGGAUGUUUGGGCAAUCGGUUGUGUGUUCGCUGAAUUAAUUCGUGGAGAAGCUCUUUGGCCAGGAAAAUCUGACGUCGAUCAGCUCUACCUGAUUAGAAGAACUCUGGGCGAUCUGUUGCCGCGACACAUGACGAUUUUUCAGCAAAAUGAAUUUUUUGCUGGUGUUACUUUACCUACCCCACAGUCCGUGAUGCCUCUGGAGGCUGUUCUCCCAAUGAGUCCCAGUACACCUGUACAAAUUGACUUUUUAAAAAAAUGCUUGGAAAAAGAUCCAGACCACAGGUGGACUUGUGAUCAAUUAUUACAGCAUGUAUACUUCGAAAACUUCCACUUUAAAAUGCCCAAUGGCGAAGCUGAAGAAUAUGAAAAGAAUCGAAAGUACAGAGAUCGAUCACGAAAUUCCAAUUACAAUCAAAUGGUGUUACCCCAACUUACUUCCAAAGGUGGUGGAGUGCUUCACAAUCAUCAGGAAACCCGCCCAAAAAGUUCCUCUGUCCAGCAACACCAAGACUUUGAUCAUUUACCAACAAUACGUGGGUGUAAUUAGUCUUACUUAUAAAAUAAACUAUUUAUUGUAAUAUACUGUCCAUUUAAACUGUAAAAAAAAUAACUGUACAAUGAACCUUCUUCUAACUUACUUACUUAUUUCUUCAUAAAUUCAAUGCAUUAAUAAUAAUAACUAUCAUAUAUUUAUUUUAUUUAAUAACAACUAUUGUUUAUUAUAAUUAAGUUACAUAAAAUUUAAUUUACAAACUAAUAGUCUUCUUACUCGUUCCUAAUAUAAGUUGUAAAGUAAUUUGUAUCGGUAACUAACAAUACUUCAUCUAUUAACAGACUGAAGUCAAUGUAAAAAGAAUAAGUGAGAUCUGAAAAAUAAAAU